CCUCUCCCUAUAUAAGCUCACACCCUCAACCAUUCAUCACCAUUUUCACUUGUCUCUCACAGAAAAACCAGAAAUGGGUAACUGUGCAUCACCUCAAUAUGCUACAAAUUGUGCUUUCACUUUCACAUUACACUCGCAAUCCACUGUCAAAAUAGUCCACACAGAUGGAAGUUUGCAAGAAUUCAAGCAACCCAUCAAGGCCAAUCUCGUACUCUCUCAGAAUCCAAACUGCUUCCUCUGUAACUCUGAAUCCAUGUACGUGAACUCUCACCUGCCUCAUGUUGCAGAUGAUGAUGAGCUUCAACUGGGUCAGAUUUAUUUCCUCGUACCUCUCUCUAAAUCCCAUGCACUUCUUUCUCUGCAAGAAUUAUGUUCAUUUGCUAUUAAGGCUAGUUCAGCACUGGCUCAUCAGACACCAGAUAUCCAUCCUCAAAAAUAUGGCCGUUUUUCUAUGGAAAUGGUAAGAGACAUCGAAAAUUCCGAUUGGGUUUGACCUUGGUGUGAAUUUUCCGGCCGGAAAAAUGAGUUAGUUCUGAGAAUUUAUUUUAGUUUGUAAUCGCUUUUAUGUUAGUGGCAAACUUUUAAUGACAGUACUGUAAGGAACAGAAAGGUUGUUUC